CUUCGAUGCCAGAGCUCCGUUUUGCUGAUAACUAACAGAUAAUCACCAGAAAUGAAUUACAGCUUUCUCCUGAAGUUAUUCCUGACUGGGCUCUGUCUUACUGCACUGGGUAUUUAUAGUAUACAAAGUGGCUUUCUGGAUGUUACAGAUGACAUAAGAAGACUGUUGCCAUCAGGCACAAGGCUACUCCAAUUUUCUAAACAAAGAGUGUAUGACCGCAACAUUGGGCCAUUUCCCAGUAAAAAUCGUUCGUCUUGUUCCUGUAAAGGAUAUGCUUUAAAUGCUCAAAAUGUGCCAGUGGAUGAACUGGAAGACCUUCAGAGACGUCGGUCUGAGGAGUACCGGCAAUACCAGCUCAGGAUGGGGACAAAAAUGGAGUCACUUAUACUUGCCCAACCCAACUCACCCCUCCAAUAUCCCAUCCAGGGUUUCGUAGUGGCACCUCUUGCAAAAAGUGUGAUACCCGGUUUGGCUCUGCAUGCACAAAAAAGAAGACUAUAUAAGGUGUCUUUGAGUGUGAAGAAAGGAGUGCUCUCAGUGGAGGAUGUUCUGGAUGGAGAUCAGGUGGAAGGACAGGGUCAGAGUAAUCUGACCAUCUCAUCCAGCAGCCGCACACAUCUGAAUGAUCUGCUCUCCAGAGUGACCUACACCAGCACCAUCUACCAUGUCAAGACUAAAGAUCUGGUUAAUUUUUCUUUUGAGGACUAUGAGGCCAUAUUUCCCGUUGUGAUCAAGAGAUCCUCAGUUCCUGUUCUGUAUGACCCAGGGACAGAUAUUAACUCACAGGUGACCAUAACAACCAAGACCUUUCUGAGAUAUGACGAGCUGAACGUUCUCAUCAACAGCAUCCGGCAGUUUUACCCCAAAAUCAAGAUCAUCAUUGCAGACGACAGCCUGGAGCCACAAAAUGUGACUGGCUUCAACUUAGAGCACUACAUUAUGCCACCUGCACAGGGCUGGUUUGCAGGCAGGAAUCUGGCCAUAUCUCAGGUUACCACUAAAUAUAUCCUGUGGGUUGAUGAUGACUACAUAUUCAAUAACAAUACACGGAUUGAAAGCUUUGUGGAGAUAAUGGAGAAAGUUCCAGAACUGGAUGUGGUUGGCGGUGCAGUGGGAAGAAAUCAGUUCUUUUUCCGCCUUCAGUACGAGGAAGGUGAUGAAGAGGAGGGCGGUUGUCUCAGACGUUUGCAUGGGAGGAGGAUUCAAUCAGUUCCAGGCUUUGACGGCUGCUUCUUUGUAGAUGGGGUCGUCAACUACUUUCUGGCACGGACAGAUUCUGUGCGACGGGUUGGCUUUGAUCCGUUUCUGAAGAGGGUGGCUCACACUGAGUUUUUUCUUGAUGGUCUUGGAGAUUUGCUGAUUGCCACCUGCAAAGGACUUUCAGUCGGCCACCAGAAGAAGCGCAAACAAAGCAAAUACAGACGCUUUAGGUUUCCAGGACGAACGGAUGGAAGAAACAAACUGGCCCAUCAUUACUUCAAGAAUUAUUUGAAAUGCAUCAAGUACUGAGGGACUUCUAAGGAGAAGGGUGACCAUUAUUGGACCUCAUUAAAAAUAAUCUAUAUGAGCAAAGGUUCGCCUGAGAAGUGUUUUGGUAAAGAAAAGAGUAGUGAAGUUGAGUGACAUUUAAGACAAAUUAACAAUUCAGUCAGUGGAAUCAGCAUCAACAAAAACCAUGAACCAAGUUUGUGUCUUCAGGAGAAGAACUGAUCUCUGGGAAUGAAUAUUUUCACCAUAUUAAUUUACAUAAAACACUUUUUUCAUAUUUAUUACUGUGGGUUACUGUUAUGAAAUAAAAUAAAUGCUUUUUAUACAUUACAGUGCUAUAAAUAUGACUGUUAUGUGCAAUAAUGG